CGACGACCCAACUCCUCCGCGGCCUCAGAGUCAUGCGAUAUGUCCUGAUCGCCGCACUCGCACUUUUGCCAGUGGCGCUGGGCGACGGGCCGGCAUGCGACGACUUCAACGCCCGGCAUGCGAGCGGCGAGCGGCCAAACGUUCCACUCCCCGCAACGCCCGACGAGGCUACCAACGAUGAUGUUUGCCGCGUGGCCAGAAUUCUUGGUGGCCUCCCCACGGAGGAGCAGCUCAGGAUGGUGCUCGCGGCGCCCGUUGUGCCCGACGUGACGGCGCUCCCGACCAAGACCGAGCGCGGGCCACUGUUUGCACCGUCCAACCCUGCGCCCGGCCCGAUGGUGCCCGACGUGGUCGAAGAUCCGAACUGGCUCAUCGCCACGUCCGGCUUCUGCUCGAGCCUCAACGUCGUCAUGAACGAGCGCGACGUCGAGGCGAGCGAGACCGAGGGCGACAUGGCCGGGCAUUUUGUGGCCGACAUCUCCUUCAACUACUACCCGCAAACGGCGGUCAAGUUCACCGACUUUCCGUACCACAAGGCGAACGCCAUCGAGGGCGACCAGAACGAGGCGGACGCGCUAGUGUCGCCCGCGUGGGACCACAAGAAUAUCGCGCUGCUCGAGCCGACGUCCACGUGCAGCGCCGACGAGCAGACCAGUCAGGCGUGGGGCAUCUCCGUCUUCAAGGUGGAGGAGCACCGCGCCUGCAGCGAGAAUGAGACGGCAUGGGAGGGCCACCCGUGCGUGCACUACACCGGCUACGUCUCGGCGGAGACAUCCAACUUUGUCAACGUGAACGAGGCUCGGUUCCCCUGCCAGCUGUUCAUUGACUCCAGUACUUCGUGGAAUAGUGGUUCGUGCUGCGGGCCGGACGACCAGACCCAGACAAUUACCUAUGAGGAGCGCAGCCGGGCGGCGUUUGCACACCCGGGGCUGCUGCCGGCCAUUCACCACGACACCACACGCCUGCACGGGCCGUGCACUGGAGCCUGUGCCAGUUGCAAAUGGUAUUCGCCUGGCGGGUGCUGCAGCACUUACAUCGGAGAUUACGUGCAGUGCGCCGAGGGCGAGUACUGCAUGCGUGGCGCACGAAACACCUGCAUCAAGCUUGCGGACGCCAAACAGCGGCUUCAGAUGCGCGUGACCAAGCGACUCGGCAAGCACGGCUAUGCUGCCGCCCGUGUCUCGCUCAUCUCAAUCGCCGGCACGGAAACGCAAGGCUUCUCCUACGCGAGGCCCUUCGCGGACGCCAAACUGGAGAGGGCAUUUGCCUUCGGUUUCGAAGGUUGACGCAAACGCGCGGGGCGUCGGAACUCGCUGCUCGCAUCGGGCUCGCGCCGCAGCCAUUUCGUCGUCUGAGCUGAGUAAACUUUGUAGGAGCGAGCAUCCGGCCACGUCUAUUGGCGCGGGCAGGAGCAGCUGCAUCGCGUUCCGCUGGUGCACCAAGCACGACCACGAGGCGAGCACUUAGGUCUUUUUUAGCAUGAGGUAAGGUAAGGUAAGGUAAACUUCUC